AGGCGCGCACCGCGAAGCGCGCGCGCGCGAGAGAUCGAGAGAGAGAGACACACAGGAGAGAGCCCGGGGGUCGCUCGCGAUAGCCACAAGCAACGGGGGGGGGGCUCGAAGCCAACAGUAGCCAACGGCAGCGGCGGUUGGGUCGCAAGCACGGGGUAGCCACGCAGCUGCACACACACACACACGGGCAGACACGCAGCUGCACACACACACAGGGUAGCCUCGCAGCUACGCUCACACACACAUACACAGGGUGGGUGGGUGGCGGCAGCGGUAGCAGCAGCAGCGGCGCGAGGGGGGAACGACCCCGGCGAUCACAGAGCGUCGGAUAGCUCUGGGUGCUUUAUUGUCGCACUCUCUCUGAGCUCGGGUCCGGGCGCAGCAGCCGCGGACACGAGCGUAGCAGCCCCGGCGGUCGGGCGGAGAGAGCGAGAGAGAGAGAGGAGCUGGGAGGGGAGCUGGGAGGGAGCUGGAAUCACAGCGAUCAGCAGCAGCGGCAGCGAGACAUCGACAGAGCACGGAGGAGUUCUAGCUCGGGACGCGUACAAUAGCGCGCGUGCAGUGUGUGUGGUGCUCGAGGAGGAGGAGGAGUGCAGGGGGAGGGGGGUGGGUUGCGUAGCUCGCGGUGUCAGGGAGGCACGUACCACCUUCCCCCGCUCCCCGACGCGAGAGCCAUUUGCGCGGCCGUAGCAGACGAGCCAUUGUCGUGGUGGCGGCGGCGACGGCGGCGGUGGUGGUGGUGGUAGCGGCCACGCGCCUUGUGUGGUGCCGUGCGAGUAGGGAGGGCGAGGAGUGCGGUGAGCGGGCGAGGUAGGUGAGCGGGGGCUGAGAAUAGUACGAAGAUCAAGGACCGCCAGCCACCACCCGUGGAACUCUUAAUUCGUUAUCAGAAUUUUUUUUGUGUUUUUAAAAAAUAUAUAUAUUCAUAUUUUUUUUUGUUACAAGAUUUUAUCAACAACCAUCUUCGACGGCCAAUAUCCGCCCCCGUGGCUUCGUCUACAACCCGUUCGGAGAGUGACACCGACAGAAGAAAGCGCAUCAUCAUCAACAACAACAUCAUCAACAUCAUCAUCAUCAUCUCCAGCAACAACAGCAACAGCAGCAGCGGCCGACGCAACAGCCGCAGCAAACACCACCACCACCAAGUGUGGAAGGGUGAUUGAUGGCAGCCACUGCCAGUAACCCGUACCUCCCCGGCGGUAGCUCCGGAGGUGGUGGCGUUAUGUCGGGAGCCGAGCAGACGCACCCCGCCUACCGCGAGCACGCCAAACUCCUGCCCGCCGCCGAGUACCUGGGCACGAACGGCCACCUGCCCCCCUUCAGCCCGCAGUGGCUCACGGCCCUGCAGCACCACGCGGCCUCGGAGAGCAUGGGACACCAUCACCACCACCAUCAUCACCACCAACCUCCAUCGCAGGGGGUCGGCUCUUCGCAUCACUCGUGGGCCGGCGGCAGUCCGCUCGCCCACCAGGACACGCCGAAGGUGGAAGACAUGCAGCAGCAGCAGCAGCAACAGCAGCAGAAUCAUCAUCAGCAGCAGCAGCAUCAGCAACAGCAGCAGCAGGAUCAGCAGCGGCACUCCCCGCACGGCGUGUGGGGUCCCAACCCAACGGCGGCCACUCUCUUGCAGUCACCGCCGGGCCAGCAGCCACAUCACCACCAGCAGCACCACCACCAUCACCACCAUCACCAGAGCGCGCUCGCUUACUCGCCGCCGCCCUACGGUCACGCGGGCGCAUCGGGUCUCCUGCCCCUGGGGCUCUCCCCGCUACACGGGGGGUCUCCACAGCCCGGGCAGGACGGCCCCGGUGGUGGUGGUGGAGGAGGAGGUGGAGGAGGCAGCAUCUCGGACACGGAGCUCGAAGAGCCUGCGCCGCCCACAUCGGACGACCUCGAGCAGUUCGCGAAGGAGUUCAAGCAGAGGCGGAUCAAGCUGGGUUUCACGCAGGCCGACGUGGGUCUCGCGCUGGGCACCCUGUACGGCAACGUGUUCUCGCAGACGACCAUCUGCCGCUUCGAGGCGCUGCAGCUGAGCUUCAAGAACAUGUGUAAGCUCAAGCCGCUGCUCAGCAAGUGGCUGGAGGAGGCCGACUCUGCCAACGGCUGCGCGGGCGGCGCCUGCGGCCUCGAUAAGAUGGCAGCGCAGGGUCGCAAGCGCAAGAAGAGGACGUCGAUUGAGGUGGCGGUGAAGGGGGCCUUGGAGAAGCACUUCUUGCAGAGCCCCAAGCCCUCGGCGCAGGAGAUCACGGCCAUAGCCGAAGCGCUGCAGCUCGAGAAAGAGGUGGUGCGCGUGUGGUUCUGCAACCGGCGUCAAAAGGAGAAACGGAUGACCGUGCAGGGAGUAGGAGGGCCCGAUGAUCAGGGUUUGCAAGGCUCCAUGGCUGGAGGGUGCAACAGUCCGAGCCACCAUGCCCACCACGCUCUGUGAUGUGGGAUCCGUGCAGGGAGUGCAGAGGAGGGGGGGGGCAGUGAGACACCCCCCCCCCUUCCCCCCCGUCUCUCUCUCUCUUGGUGUGUGAGGAGCCGUGGCAGCGCGUGGGACUCGUGCGUGCGUUCGAGGAGACGCGACGGAGAGAAGGGGACACGCGGCUGUGACUGUCGCACGAUCGUCAUCAGCACCAUCAGUAGAAACUACCACCGCCACCAGCACCAUCACCACCGCCAGUACUGUCACCACCACCAGCACCACCACCACCGCCAGUACUACCACUGUUACCAGCAACACCAUCAGCAGCACCGUCACCCCACACCGUCGGCACAACCAUCAGCACCACCACCAGCAGCUGCAGAAACACCAACAUUACAGGCAGAUUCAUCACCAACGCCAUCGUCAAAUUCUCCACCACUACCAACAUCAAAAACCACCACCUUCACCACCACCACUACGAUUGGAAAUUUCGCCACCAAACAUCACGCCGAGCACCACCACCACAACCACCACGGCUUUCAAUGCUGCUGCGAUAGCAUCAGUUGGAUUUCAUCAUCAGCAUCGUCGGCUUCAUUGGUGAGGGCGACAUCUUCUUUGUCAUCAUCAGCAGCAUCAUCAGCAGCCACAUGAUCAUCAUCAUCAGCAGCAGCACCUUCAUUGUCAACAGCAGCUGCAGCACCGUAAUCGUAACCUUCGGUUCAAUUAUCGGCAUCAUCAUCAUCAUCAGCGGCAGCGCUAGGGUGCUCAUCAUCCUGACCAACCAUUAUCAUCAUCAUCAUAAAGAGCAGCACCGCAAUCAUCAUCUUCAUCACCACGACUACCAAAAUCGGCAUCAUCAACAGCAUUGGCAUCACAUCCGUACCAUUGUCAGCAACAACAACAACAGCAGCAGCAGCAGCAUCUCAACACGAGUGAGAAAAUUACGAAACCGAGAAAAAAAAUCACGCACGGCCGCAAACCUCCAGCGCGCAGGCGAACCGAGCGACCAAGCCGACUGCGGGCGUUGAUUUGACGCGGCGAAGUGCAUGGGAGAGGGAGUCUCCGCUUAAGAAACCCUUUACGAUAUCUGUGGUGGAUAGCAAGGGGGAAGGGGGGGAGAUAUCCGUGUGGAUAGCAGCGAGAGGAGACUUGUGUGACUUGAUGGCGAUGUGGUUUUUGUUGAUGGUCACUUUGCGACGCUCUCAGCAAUCAUCGCAAGCCGAGUCGUAGCUGCUGUACGUGCCAACAGCUUUGGAGAACACCCGUCACCAUCGGCGGCAGCAGCAGCCAUCGAUAUCAUCAUCAGCAGCAUCAUCAGACGACCGCGAUCACUUUACACCAGCUGUCAACGCGUAGAGCAGCGGUAACUUCAAUCUUUACCAUCACGCGUCAAUAUCACCAACAUGAUCACCACCACCACCACCACCAAUAACGCCAUCGUCGUUGUUACUCUGUUGUCGCUGUGAACAGCACACAACACCACGAGUAGCAGCAACUCAGACGUGGACAACAUCACCGACGUAACACACGCACACGUAAUAACAACGCGGAACUACGCGUGUGACACGGACACGACCACGAAACCCACCGCCACAAUCCGACACGAACACAACAACAACAGCGACAGCCGCACAGACAUUACCGCAAACACCAAAUCAACACAACCACGACACCAACACACACACGUUGACACAACCGGCACAAACAAAAUCGCACGGCACACCAUCACGCGUGAACAGCACAGCCACUCACUACCGCAUCCCCAUGCUUUGAGACACGAGCAAAGUCGGGGCACAAUUAUGUCAUAAAAUAGUUUUUUUAGCUCCUUAUUUGCAUAGUUAUUUUGGGGUGGCAGCUUUUGUGUGUGUGUGUCUAUGCCAAGUGGAAUAUUUGACAUCCCGCCGUUUUAUAAAGGUGCAUACGUACACAUAAUAGACGCGUGUGUGUGUGUGUAGUAGUAAUAGUCAGGGCCUGCGUGUUGUGUAAUGUGUGUCUGUGUGUACGUGGCACAGUGUAAUACUGUAGAUGUGUGUGCGUGUAUAUGUCCACGCGUUGUUCACGUGUGCGACAUGGGAGGCGGUGCUGCAGUGCCGUUAGCACGACACCCAAAAAAAUCCGAGUUCCAUUCCCGGUCACGGGGAUAGCAUCGGUGGCGAAGUGAAUUCCUGAGCGCUUCUUUUGGGGGAGCGCUUCGCCUUGAAAGAUCGGCACUCACGAUCCUGGUGGUGGUGUGCGGCGAACAAAAAAAAUCACGAUCGCCGAUAUGGCUCAGAAUGGGGUGGGUUGGGGGGGUCUUUCAAUCAGCAGUGGAUUUACAAAGGCCCCAGUGCAUUGUACUACGUCCGAUGUUCAUCACGCGGUGUAGGGCACCCAUAUAUAAGAUUACACUGGGCUAUAUGUGUGUGUGGUGUAUGUACACGCUAUGCCCAUUGUGUUAUGCACACACACACACGUGUACUCAAUGCGUGUAUGUAUGUUCAUAGGUAAUACGCACACGUGUACUGUACUAUUACAUGUAUGUGUACCUGCAAUUUGCGUCGGUAACGCUUUGUGUAUUUUUACAUAGAGACAAAAUGUGUCCAUGUGCGCACAUCGUGUAUAUGUGCAAAUACACAGUGGAAUGACGUGCUGUGUAUAUGUACCAAUACACAGUGGAAUUAAAAUGUGUCUAUGUACACACUACUCUCUAUGUACAAAUACUAUUUGUGUAUGCAUGCAUGGUGUGUCCGUACACAUGGUAUAUACUGUGCAUGCAUGCGGUGCAUACAAUACACGCGUACGUGUUCGUGAUUACAUAUGUAUGCGUGACUAAUUCAUGAAUUACAUAUGUAUGUACACACGUGCAAUGUACAUGUAUGUGUGAGAUAUGUGUGUGUGUACGACUACGUGUGUGUGUGCGCGUAUUAGGAUACAUCUUAGCGGGAUGUCAAAUAAUUAAAAAGCUAUGUUAUUAACACAUACACAUUUAGCAAGCGUUUCCACAUACGCUUAUUACAACGGCAUAUGCAUCUGUGGGUGCACGUGGGAACACAUAUAACCAUAUGCGCAUACACACAUAUGCAUGCAUGUACACUUGGAUAUGUCCUGUUUCACAUACGUGGACGGAUGUACACGGACAUUCAGUACAUGUACACGCAUGCAAUAUGCAUACGUGACCGUACAUAAUUGAAUACAUUGCAUAUUGCUAUACGCGUACACACACACCACACGAUGGCUUACACACGCACAAAUACACAAUUAUACAAAUGUGCAUACAUAACUAAUUACGCAGCGUAUGCAUACAUAAAUAUAUACAGAAACGGAUGUACACGCAUAUACCAAAAAGAAAAAUACACAGGUACAGACAUGUACACAGAGACACACGAUGACACACACACAGGAAAGACGACAUAUAGAUGUAUACACAAUGGCACACACACACCGACAGUCACACACGCACCGAUACAGACGAAACAGACACACACCGAUCCGGCCACACACGCACAGACACAAAUGACACACUGACACACGCAUGCGCGCGGACACAAUGACGCACACACCGACAGAUACACACACGCGCGGACACAAUUACACACUGACACAUACUGACACACACGCGCGGACACAAUGACACACACACCGACAGUUACACACACGCGCGGACACAAUGACGCACACACCGACAGAUACACACACGCGCGGACACAAUUACACACUGACACAUACUGACACACACGCGCGGACACAAUGACGCACACACCGACAGUUACACACGCGCGCGGACACAAUGACACACUGACACACUGACACACACUGACACACACGCGCGGACACAAUGACGCACACACCGACAGAAACACGCGCGGACACAAUUACACACUGACACACACACUGACACACUGACACACACGCGCGCGGACACACUGACACACACACACGCCGAUACACCCGCAGACACACGCACACACGAGUGUCUUAAACACGCGGCUUUUAACAAUGCUUUGGAUUUUGUGGUUUUGGUCUCUGUGCGAGCGCGCGCGUGUGCGUGUUGUUUCUGUAAAGGAGUGUGACAUUAAGAAUGGGGACACUGCAAAGGUCUGUUGUUGGGAUCCAUUGACUGCUUAUGUUGAGUCAAAUGUGAGUACAAUUCUUGAACAUAUCUCAAAUCUUAAAUUCCACCCCUCCGAGUAUCCUUACUCGCUGAUACGAGCCAAAACGUUUUGCCACAUUGCCGAGCCGCGCUUAAUACGUAACAAUUAUGGUAAUAACAACAGCAGCGUUAUUACCGCGGUUAUUCAAUUAACUGAGUAUUUUAUUUUUGGGAUGGAUUUUUUCUUUUUUUAAAACGAAAGAUUGAGAUCGGUAAUUUAUUUAUUUUGACCAACUCUCAGUGCUGUAUAAAAUAACCAUCUAUUAUUAUUUAAAGUAUAUGACCUAAUUCAUUGUGGUAUAUAUCUAUCUCAAAUGCGUUGUAUUGUUAAAGAGGGGACAUUUUGACGAUCCUUGUAAAUUUACGUAAAAUGUAAAUUCCUAAUUGUUUAAAUGUGCUUUAGAAUCGUUCGUUUUUUUUAAAUGAAUUUAUAUUUUACAGCUUCCAUGUAGAAUUUAUAUCGUGCCAACUCAAUGUAACAUUGAAUGCGUUCACACGCACGCACGCGCGCGCACACACACACACAUUUCCUAGACUAAAGAUAGUGAGUGGGUGGUUAAAUAUUCUUACAUGAAUAACGCGAGAAAUGUUAAAAAUAAGUUCAUUAAAUAAAUUUGGUUUAAUUAUGAUACACUGCAAAUUAAGAGAUAAUUAUAUUGUUGUCACGCGCGCGCGCACGCACACACACAUCUACACACACACAUGGGCACACAAAGACAAAGAUCCCCCGUAUAGCCUUAACAGACUGUUGGGGCAUGUGCUGUUAGCAAGCACCGAUGAAGGCCGGAACGGUACACGAGGGGGUGGGUGGCCAGCACACGGGCAUACACACGCGCAAACACGCGUGCAUACACACACGCACACACGCGUACACAAACACACUUUAAAGUGAAAGUGCUCCAGAGUUUUAGUAUGUAAAAAAAACCGCAGAACGAUAAAGUUUAACUUUUUUAAUUCAUGUGGCUGUCGAGAUGUUACGUGAAUUUGAAAUGUAAGUUUAAAUAGAGGGAUUAGUGUGUCCAAUAGUGCGCGUGGCUGUGUGUGUGCAUGUCUUUGUAUAUGUAUGUAUGCGAGUGUACAUAUGUAUGCAUCGUUAUAAUUGUCAUACGUACGUACACGCACAUGUACACACGUAUGUAUCUUAUACAGUACACGCAUUAUGUAUUCAUGCAUAUGUUUACACGGUUAUGUACACACAAACGGACGCGUCAUGGACGUUACACGUGUACGUGUGUAUGUGUGCUUGUGCGCGUUUUUUACGUGUAUACAGCAGCAGAGUACAUGUUGCUCAAAGUAAUGAUAUUAUUGUUAAAUCGGGUAAAAUCAAAAUGUUUCUCGCGUACGGCGAAAACUUCCAAAGUCUCCCUCGAAUUUGACGGGAGUUUCUCGAGAUAUAAAAACAAACAACGACAUUUUCAGUGGAAAUAAUGUUAUCAUCACGGUGAUAAUUGUGUUAAUUUACAGCUCCAUUACCAAUCCACUGCUGGAUGAAAGGUGUCCGUUUGACUAUACUUUACCGUCCGGGUCACUGCGACUUCUAAUAAAGAGGGUAGUUUUAAAUAAGUCGGUAACAUAUCUCAGAAAUAUUUCUAAAGUACACGCAAAAAAAAAAUUGAGUCGCGUUAUUAUUUCUUUGCUAAAACGUGGAAUUGUGUGCGUUGGAACACAAUCUACAUCAGAGUAAAAAAAAAAUUAUUGGACGCGUUGCAGGUACUUUUAAGUAGUAUAAAUAAUUUGAACGUGAUAUUUUUCGACAGCGAUAUGAAAAAGUUUUCCCGUUAAGAUUAAUUGUCAAAAAAAAAAAAACGUUUCACAACAACUUUUGCACGCGUUAAAUGCAUCUGACGUUCAGCACAGUGCAUCUGUGUGCGCGUGUGUGUGUUAUAUGUGUCUGUGUGUACAUGGGGAGCGGUAGUGCAGUGGUUAGCACACCGCGCUACAAACAUUGCUACCCAAGUUCGAUUCCCGCCCACGACCAAUAGCAGUGGCGAUUAUCUGAACCGGUCCCGGGUUUCCCCCUAGAUCAACUCAGCCUUGAAUGAGUACAUGCUGCGGUGUUGUUAUAAGCAUCCGCACUGGGGAGACAAAGGCGGCCGGGCCCGGCGUGGUAUUGGCCACACCACCCCCUCGUGUGUCGGCCUUCAUAGGUGCUCGCUAACAGCACUUGCCCCCAAAGUGUGUUGAGGUUAUACGGGGAAUCUUUGUAUAUGUGUGUAUAUAUAGAACACAUACACGUGACACGCGCUUUUUUAAUGGUAUGCGUGUACACGGGCAACAUACCCUGAUGUACAAACAUAUACACACACAUACCCUUGCACAUAUAUUGCUCAUGAACGCACCUACCACCACGCACGCGCACACACAUAUACCUACAGUCCUACACUCAUAUGCGCGAAUACUUUCAAAUUACACGCCCAUUCAUAUACAAAGACAAAUAUCCCCCAUAUAGCCUUAACAGACUGUUGGGGCAAGUGCUGUUAGCGAGCGCACACAAACGCCCUCUUUACACACGCACAUACCUACACGUAUACACAUGCUGGCACACACAUACCACCCAUACACAAUUACACAAGCCCAGCGUGACUUUACCGGUUACGUAAUAUUCUGUUUUGAAGAAAUUACAGCACUCCCAACUUGGGAUUAUACGGCGCAAACUUGACAAAGAGAGAGAGAGGAUGGGGGGGGGGGGUGAGACGCAACACGUGCAGGCACACUCGCACUCCCAACGCACAACGACUCCCAAAACACUCGCCCAAAUGCUCCGGAAAGUAAGACGCACCCCCUAAGCCCCCCCCCCCCCUCCGCCCCCGCCCCCCAAAGAAAAUAUCAUUAGUUUUCCCGGUGUCUAAGUUUUGACAAAUCCGCUCACACGCCGGAUUAUAAGACGCACCCACCACAACUUUGCGCUGUUUAGAUACAGCGCGAGGGGUGGGUGGCUGUGCGUCUUAUAAUCGGGAGAAUACGAUAGGUAGCCGUGUGUGUGUGUGCGUCAGUGACUUUAAAGUGCUCGGAGUUAUUUUUUUGGGGGGGGGGGGGGUGCGGAGGGACGUACGAAUCGUGUAAUGAUACAAACAAGUAAAAAAAAAAGAUCAUAAAUACUCGUCGAUAUAAAUUUUCGUGUCUAGUUGGAACAUGAGGCAUCGAUGGACAUAAGAUAUACAAUUGUGUUUGUAAAGUAUAUAUGUACAUGUACACAACCGAUUGGAAUUAUGACGUGACCCAGGGAAUUUUUGAAUAUUAUUAUUAUAUACCUGUGGCCUUUGCUCUAUUUAUUUUUAUUAUUAAUAAAUUUGUUAGGAGAAUGAA